AAUCAAAGUAGCAAUUUCUAUAUAAUAAUUUAACGUAAAAUGCAUGAAACAAUCAACGUGAACCUGGUAGAUUCACCUGACUGGAUUCGUGAGCGUAACCCAGGUGGACAAUUGCCCAUCAUAGAAUUUGGACCGGACAACAAAGUGCUAUACGAGUCGCUAAUAGUGUGCCAAUUCCUGGACGAGGCUUACCCCGAGACCCGACCCCUACAGCCCCGGGACCCGUACGAGAAGGCCAGGGAUCGGGUAUUUAUUGAAUCAUUUAGCAACCUGUGGGCGCCCGCAUCCAGACCUUUCUUUAUGUCGCCCGACCUGUCGACCAAUUGGCCACAGAUUGUCACCGGAUUCAAAAUGUUGGACAACUUGUUGGCCGACAAGAGAGGGGCGAACAAAUUUUUGUCAGGUGCGACACAGCCCGGGCUCGUCGAUUACAUGAUAUGGCCCUCCAUUGAACGCCUGCCGCUAUUUGUAGACAUUGCGGGUCAUAACGGGGCUGACUAUUUGCGGCGAGAGUUGCCAACUGUCAACCAUUACAGGGAACAAAUGUCUGGCGACACUACUGUCAAAAGUGCUGGCCUACCGAUAGAGACCUUUAUGGAAAAUUUGCGUACAUUUCGCAAACGUUUUGAGACUAAA